CAGGACAACAUGUUUUACAUGGUUCUUCAGGAAAUAGAGCAAAACAAAAACAGCCUGAGUGAAAGUUAGUCGUCUCAGUCUGCUGUGAACACCACAACGCUCACGUCCCUCUCUCUCCUCAGAUCAGAGCCAUGCAGUGCAGAGUCUCAUCUGUUGCCCUGCUCCUUGAGUUCUGGGUGCUCUCUGCCUGUGCACUACAUCAGUAUCAUCUGGUCAAUAUGAAUCUGAAUUGGACUGCUGCCCAGAGCUACUGUAGAGAGCACUAUGUUGACCUGGCGACCUUAGACAGCAUGGAGGACAUGCAGAACAUGUUGAACCAGACAGGUCUUGUCAAUGAUCAUUUUUGGAAGGGACUGACUAGAGACAGUGUCAGCAGCUGGAAGUGGUCUCUUUCAGGCAGUCAGUUCUACAGAGAAGGAGAGACGGAGUACAGGAACUGGGCCCAGCCAGAGCCAAUCACAGGCCAGCCCUGCGCUGCACUGGUCAGCAAUGAAACAGGAGUAUGGAGAGACUAUGCAUGUACAAAUACUUACUCUUUUGUCUGUUCUAACAGUGGUAAGGAUCCUGGCAAACCAAACUACAUCCUGGUUCUAGGACCAAGAACUUGGAGAGACGCUCAGCUCUACUGCAGACAGAGUUACACAGACCUGGCCAGCAUCAGGAACCAGGCUGAAAACAUUGAGAUACAGCAACUUGUUCUGGGAGAGAAUUCAUCUGCCAUCGUCUGGAUCGGUCUGUUCAAAGACGACUGGAAGUGGUCAGACGGGUCUACCUCCUCCUUCAGAUACUGGAGGAAUGGCCAUCCAGGCUCUAGCUAUGACUGUGUCUUAACACAUACACAUGUGUCAUGGCAGUGGACUCCUGAACCUUGUUCUUCAUCCUUCUAUUUAAUUUGCCACAAUGGGAGCAUCACAAACACGACCAUACUGAGCACUCUUGGUACAACAACAGGGAGCACCACUAAGACUCCUACUAAGGUGAUGCUGGUGGGGAGAGUGGACCUGGUUCCUAAUUCACCUUCAGACUUAGAGGAUCCUGCCAUGUUGGACUCCAUCUUGCAGCAAAUGAAGGCAGCUGGGAGGAUCCCAGAGCACAGCACGCUGAGAUGGAAGAAGCAGAAGGAUGGGAAGGUUUUCCACAAGAAGGAGGAGGAGGAGGGAGGAAGAGGAGACACGUGUCAUUAACAAGUCACAGCUACUAAAUGUUGUUAACUGUCUCUUGUAUCUCUGAGAGUACUGAUGAUGUCAAUGACAUUUCUGUAACUAGCAGAUGAUGUCCUUAUCACAGCAUACAGUUUAUUUUUUCUUAUUAAUCAGGUGGUGGGUAACAUGAAAUGAAGUAAAGCCUACUGAUCUUGUGGCCUUGUCUCAUCAUGUAUAUAUAACAGAUACAGCUACAUGUUUCAAUACCUUGUAAUCAAUCAUAGAAAAUCACAUAGAUGUUCUUUAUCUGUGAGUAAAAUGUCUAAGAUUGUGCU